AUGCCACUACUGCCAGUCUUUGAGUUCCGUUCGCCACCCUUGACUUUGUAUUCAUUCACCAAUUUCCCCAAACUGCCAACAGAGAUUCGCUUGAUGGUGUGGGAACUGGUUCUUCCUGGGGAACGUGUGAUCCGCAUUGAAGACUUCACCAACACUAGUCGCCGUCACAAGCCGUGUACAACCUGCCGCUGUAUUGGAUCCAGGGCCUGUGUACCUACUCUACUGCACGUCAAUCAUGAAACCCGCCAACUCGCACUCAAAUUUUACACUGUCACAUUCAAGAACAGACUCCUUAAGCCAACAUAUUUCAAUCCAAUACUCGACAUAUUACUCUUCCCAAGCGUCGAAACAUUCUUCAAGUUUGCUGAGCCGGUCGUACUGACAUAUACAUUGAAUCUCUUGGAAGUCUGUCCCUUUACUGAGCUUUUUCCUGCACGUAAUGUUCACGCCAAAUUCGGGACAGCGUCGGGACGAUACAAUGACGAUGAAAGUAUCGAGAGUAAACUGAGAUACUCGGCAAUUGGACGAAGUAACCCUUUACCAUGUCGCGCUACGAUAGGGGCAACGCCAUGGGAGGAGAUCUCUAGUAUUGGAUUGAUGAAUUUACUAGGAGGCUUUGGAAAUUUGACCAAACUCUUCAUCGAAGGAGUGUAUCUCGAAGAUUCUGGUUUCCACCCGGCACCUCCACCAUCUGCAGAUCGAAUCUUGAAGACACUACUUGACAAGAGAUGGAAGACAUGCAGCGACCAGAAUGUACAAUUGCCGGAGAUUAUUGUUGUUGGACCGACAAGCAUGAAGCAAAUGCGAUUCCGAGCCCGGGAAGCUCGACUUUAGUCUUGGGCAAAGCUUGCAGAGUACCGAC